AGUGGAUUCACCCCACUUCAUAUUGCUGCACACUAUGGAAACACCAAUGUGGCCACUCUUUUGAUCCAGCGCAAUGCAGACGUCAACUUCAAAGCCAAGGAUGGCCUGACCCCACUCCACUGUGCUGCUAGGAGUGGACAUGAAAGUGUGGUGGACACAUUGCUGGAGCGAGGUGCUCCUCAUUCGGCCAAAACCAAGAAUGGCCUGACCCCGCUACACAUGGCUGCCCAAGGUGACCACGAGGACUGCGCCCGCCUGCUGCUGUACCACAAAGCCUCACUGAAUGAAGUCACAGUUGACUAUCUGACCCCGCUUCAUGUGGCUGCCCAUUGUGGUAACGUCAAGACGGCCAAACUCUUGCUUGACCGCAAGUGUGAGCCCAACGCUCGAGCUCUGAAUGGGUUCACACCUCUUCACAUCGCCUGCAAGAAGAACCGCAUCAAGGUAGUGGAGCUUCUGCUUAAGUAUGGAGCUUCCAUCGAGAGCAAGACUGAAUCUGGACUGACCCCGCUGCAUGUGGCCUCCUUCAUGGGACAUAUGAACAUUGUCAUCUACCUGAUCCAGCACAAUGCCAACCCCAACACAGCAACAGUUCGUGGAGAAACAUCUCUUCAUUUGGCCGCCCGUGCCAACCAGUCCGACAUCAUCAGGAUCUUGCUGAGAAACGGAGCCACUGUCGAUGCCAGAGCUCGGGAGCAACAGACACCCUUGCACAUUGCUGCCCGACUUGGCAACGUGGACAAUGUAGUCUUGCUGCUGCAGCAUGGUGCAGCUGUGGAUGCUGCCACCAAGGAUAAGUACACACCACUGCACAUUGCUGCCAAGGAAGGACACGAUGAGGUUGCCCAGAUCCUGCUGGAGCAUGAGGCCCAGCAUGACAUGACUACCAAGAAGGAUGCGAACCCUAAUGCCCAAGGCAAGAAUGGAUUGACCCCUCUGCAUGUCGCCACACACUACAACCAUGCUAAUGUGGCACAGCUUCUGCUGGAGAACAAGGCAGAUCCCCACGCCACUGCCAAGAAUGGCCUGACACCAAUACACUUAGCUGCCCAGGAAGAUCGGGUAGCUGUGGCUGAGAUCCUCUGCAAGUAUGACUCUGACACGGACACUCACACAAAAGCUGGCUACACACCUCUGCACACCGCUUGCCACUUUGGACAGGUCAACAUGGUUCGCUUCCUGCUGGACCAUCAGGCUUCAGUGAAUGCAACUACCAAGGUUGGAUACACCCCACUUCACCAGGCUGCCCAGCAGGGCCAUGUCCAAGUGGUCAACAUCCUUCUAAAGAACCACGCCUCCCCCAACGCUGUAACAAAUAAUGGUCAGACCCCUCUCGCUAUUGCUCAGAAGCUGGGCUAUAUCUCUGUGGUUGAAAUCCUGAAGCCAGUCACUGAAGUACAAGGCAUCACCCCAUCUAGCGAGGACAAGUACAAGGUUGUCUCCCCUGAGACCAUGCAGGAGACGUUCAUCUCCGACUCUGAGGAUGAAGGAGGUAAGGGGAAUCAUAUAUUUUUAUUAUUAUUAUUAUUUUUAAUAUUAUUAUUAUUAUUUUAUCAUAUUUAUGGGCUGUAUUCUUUUUACAAAUCACAUUCGACUAAAUUAUUCAGUUAUCAUUAUGUGCUGGGUCUUCUGUUUUUUGAUGACUUUUUGCCUCAGUCACCAAUAUUUGGCAAGCCUCUUUCAGAACAGCACGUGUAUCUGCCUUAUUAUGAGGGGCAGAAGAUGCACAACCGAGAGGAUAGCAUCUCCCUGGAAAGAGGUGGGAGCGCAUCGCCCUUGGACACUUCGUACGAUAAGGACAUGCAGAUCCAUUACCCUGCCUCCGACCGUAGAGGACACCUGAGUACCCAAAUGGGGGCCACCAUGCGCUACCCAUCCUACCUGGAACAUGGGCCCAACUAUGAGGAAGAGAUGAGAUAUUACCACGGAGAUACCUUGUCUCCCAAAGACAAGCUUGAUAGCACAUUUUAUUCCGGAGAUUACUCCCUCUUGGAAUCAAACCGGGACUCCAUGGCACUGGAUGGCACCAGAGACCGCUCAGCCUUUGAUAGCACUGGAGAGAUAUUUGGUAGCACAGGUGAUGAUGAUGAGUUGAAAUACGUGGCCGAUGAAGCGUACCUCAAGAAGCAGCCAGAACAGCCAUUCACAGAAGAUCUUUAUGCUCACCCUUCGUUUCGUUAUGGAAAAGGAGCACCAGAGCUCAUUUCCGCCGGAGCAUGGAGACAUCUGAAGCAUGAAAGUAGAUAUCAUACAGCAGCUCCUGCCAGUGAGAGUAACAGCAUGGCAUCUCCCAGUGAGGUUGACCAGAUUUCACCAGAACCUUGGGAUACGGCCAAGGUCUCCUACCAGUUUUCUUCGAUAACCAUUUCGAGUCAGGAGAUCUUCCAUCAACGCUGGGAGAAAACAAAUGUCAUCUACCAAGGACAGUACUCUGUGUCGCCGACCAAGGUUGACCACAGCUUUGAUUAUGCAACUGUUGCUGCUGAUGACUCUGUGCAUUCAGCAGUCAUUGAUACCAACAAAGAGAAACAA